UGGCCGGUUCCCGGUGACUGUGCUGCCCGGUGACACCGCUGCCCGGCGGUGCCAUUGGCCGCCCCCGGCGCGGGGCUGGCACUGCCCAGGGGUUAAAUGCCAGCCCGGCCACCCCGGGACACACAUUCCAACACAGGCACACGGCUCGUCCCAGCCCCGGCACCGCAGAGGCUCCAGCUCGCAUCACACCUUGAGCCACAGGGACCACGACUGACAUGAGGGCUGCGUUCCUGGUGCUGCUCCUCUGGGCUGUGGCCUGUGCUCACCCUGUGCCUGGCCAUGAACCCACCCACCCCAGCACCCUACAGGAGGAUACCAUAAAUGAAGAUUACAUCAGCAAUCUGGGCAACCACCUGGACGGUGGAGAUGGCAGACAUCCCUCUGCCAGUCCAGACACGGGGGAAAACGCCCUUGCCAGGGACCUGACGGGCGGGAAUGCCGUGGAUGAGGAGCUGGCUGAGCUCGGGGGCUGGGCUGGGCAGGCUCCUCACCUGAACCAGGUGGACCACGAGGAGACAGGCGCCCACAAUGGCAACGACCUGGGCUUCCUGGAGGCGGACGCACGUGACACCGAUGACGGUGACAACGGGCCCCGCUACGGAGCCAACGCGUUCCCCUCGCACGGCGGCGCGUUCCUGGACGAGGAGGACGACAGCGGCGACGACACCUUCGAUGCCAACGGGGAGGAGGAGAGGGGAGAAGGCCCCACUUACGUGGCUGGUGCUGAUGGGGCAGGGGAGCACGAGCCAGGCCCUGGGGACAGCAGCAGCAGCAGCAGCAGCGAGAGCGCCGGGGCCGACCACCGGCGCUACAGGAGCUACAGGCACGGAGGGGCCAGCAGCAGCAGCCAGGAGGAGGAGAGCUACGACUUCCAGGACGAAGCCAUGCAGGGGGAUGAUCCCUCUGUGUUUGAAGGCCCGGGCAGCAGCUACAGGAUGCGCCACGCUGGCCCCCGCACCCUGGGGAACGGCUGGGAGAGCGCCCAGGGCUCCCACCGCUGGGAGGACGGGGACAGCAGGUCCCCCGAGGUGGAGGAUGGUGACUCCGGGGAGGACAGUCCAUCUGUGGAGGAUGACAGUCAGUCAGAAGAGCCUGUUGACAGCCAGUCAGAGGAAAAAAGCUCCAGUCACUCCAGGGAGGAUGGGGAUGGGGAUGGGGAGGACAGCCCCUCCAGGGAGGAGGAGGACAGCGAGUCCAGGGAGGGCACUGAGGAGCAGUCAGAUGAAGAGCCAGGGGAGACCCCGGAGGUGGUGAGAACCUUGAAUGAGCACGGCAACAGCCAGACCUGGGAAGGGCAGGAGGACUGGGAUUCUGCUGAGGACAGGAGUGUGCUGUCCAUGCCCGGCAGUGAGUCCAGGGAAGAAGAGGGUGAACUGAGCAAGUCCAGGGAAGAUGAUGAUGAUGAUGAUGACCAGAGCCAGUCCACAGAGGACACCACGGAGGAGUCAGAGGAGAGUGAGAAUGACUCAGAGCCGAGCACAUCAGCUGAGAGCCCAGAGUCCCCAGAGGACAGCAGCCCAGAGGACAACACAGGCGAGGACAGCAGGUCCACAGAGAGCGACAACAGCGAGUCCCAGGAAGAUGAUGAGGACGGGGAGAGCCACUCCCAGGAGGAUGCCACCCGUGAGUCCAGCAGCCACGGGGACGACAGCUCCCUGCAGAGCCUGGAGGGCCGCAGGCGGCGGCCGGGCGCCCUGCGCCACCGGCCCGCUGCUGACCACGACGACAAUGACUGCCAGGAUGGGUACUGAGCUCUGCCCCACGGCCUCGGCGGCCUGGGGAGGGGCCCGGGGGGGAGGAGGGGUUAAUUUAUUUGCCAUAUAGCCUGGUUGACUUCUUCUCAAGAAGAUGCUGUGGUUAAAACAGAGCUGGGUGCGCCGGGGCUCGGCCUGGGCGCGCUGCGCAGGGAGUGAAGGGGUGGGCAGGCACAGGGAAAACGCCCAAGCACAGCAAGAAAAGGCAUUUUCUGUACCAAACUGGAGAAAAGCUGAGAGCUGGGAGGGCCAGCAGGGUGAUGCUGCCCACUUGCCCCAGGGGCACAGUGGUGGCUUGGCACUCCUGGGCACGCUGGGCAGAAAAGUCCCUGUGUUCACCCCUUGUGUUUACUGCCACUGCCCUAAACAUCUGCCCAGAGUCCAACUGGAGCUUUCCAUUAACUCCACGUCCAGCACAUAAAAAGGAAAAGCCACAGCUGGUGUGCACACGUGGUGCACGGGCGCAGCAGGGUGUGAAGCACCACUUCAGGAUGGGAUGUAUGUAAUAUUUUUAUUCUUUUGUAAGAAAUGUACAGAAAGCAUUAUAUUGUAUCCUUUUUGCACUCGUAUUUCAAAGCUGAAAUGUACCCCGUUGAUUUCUUUAAUCACCAUUAAAACCACCA